CGGGGAAAACCCGCAGUGCUAAAAUUAGAAUUCGACUUCGGAGAAAAUGACGAUUUCCGACUUUCUUUAUCGACAUCAAAAAUCUGUAACAGUGUUAUGACAGGCGAAGUAGCGGGUUAUCAUCAUACUGUGAUCUCAUGGACAUGGAAUGCCAACAAAAAUGAUCAGAUCAUAGACUGAAGUGAAGCUGUGAGACACAAAAGACACAAGGCAGUGUAUCUUUACAGGGAAGACAUGUCAGUCACAGACAGUCUCCGACAGAGGUUGUUGUCAAUUUCGGAUGGUUUGACUGACGAUGAUGUAACUCACAUGAAAAGUUUGUGUUUAGAUGUCAUUAGUAGGAAAGAAGCGGAUGACAUAUCUAGUGGGUUUCAGUUGUUUGAACUGUUGGAGACCAAAGGGAAACUGACAGAUGAUUAUUUAUAUUAUGUGGCUGAUCUUGUGAAGUGUGUUGGGCAGGUUUGUUUGCUUGAUCACAUUGAUCAGGGGAAGACAACCUUUGGCAAAGGGAGAUGUCACAUUAACACAUUCAGAUUAUAUUUGACCAAACUGGCAAUGGAGAUUGAUGACAGUGAGUUCAAAGCCCUGAAGAAGUCUUGCAAUUGCAACAAGGAGGAGAUAACUGAGUUCUACCAGCUGAUGACUUUUCUAGAGAACAGGAAGAAGAUAACAGUGCGUGAUAUCAGCUUCUUGGAGGAAGCAUCCAAGAAGGCCAAGCUUCAGGGCAGGAUUCCUUCCAUUCUACAGUCAUUUAGAGAUCAAUUGGCAUAUGAGGCUGAUCAAUACAGGAUUACAUCAGAUCCAAAAGGAAUCUGUGUCAUUAUCAACAAUGAAAAGUUUACUUCAGGUCAUCAUCCAGACAGACAAGGAACAAAUGUUGAUGCUGGUAAGUUGGAAAGACUUUUUCAUCGUUUCAAGUAUAAAGUUGAAAGAUACAACGAUUGCAGCGCCAAACAAAUCACUGACAUCUUAAAGGAGAUAUCUAUGCGGGACCAUUGGCGCUAUGACUGCUUCAUCUGCUGUGUGUUAUCUCAUGGUACCACUGGACGUGUGUUUGGCGUGGACGGGAUGGACGUGACAAUAUCCGACCUAUUAGAACUGUUCUUUGACAGCAGAUGUCUUUCACUAGCUGAGAAACCCAAACUCUUCUUCUUCCAAGCAUGCCAAGGGACUGCCACUGAAGGACUAAAAAUGGAUUUGCCUACAACUGGCGUGACAGCUGAUGUCCUAAUGGAUGACAAGCAGCCAUCAGCGGUUGACAUUGAGGGCAAUAUGUUGCUGGGAUAUGCCACGCCCCCUGGGUUCAAAUCCUUUCGGAGUGGCGAGGAUGGGUCAUGGUAUAUUGAGGCUCUUGUUGGCAGUCUGAAACGAAGUGCAGCAAGGUCAUUGGAUAUCUUUCAUAUCUUUACAGAGAAGACAUAUUGGGUAUUUUGACUCAAGUUAAUGAUGACGUCUCUCGGAAAAAGGGCUAUGAGAAAGAUGGAUGUCGGUAUGUGACACAAAUCCCAUGUCCUGUUUUCACUCUCAAGAAGAAGGUUUUGCUUGAUUGUCAAUCCACGGUUACCCACCUACAGUACUGAGGAGGAUGACUGACACACAAAAGGCAUCUGUAUAAAUAAAGGAAUCAUACUGUC